GUCUGUCGGCAUCCCGGGAGCCCCUCUGCUCGCCCUGGGUGGGAGCCGGGCCCCGGGCCUGGCUCGGGCCCUCACGCGGGUCCGGCCGGGCGGCUCCCGGGGCUCUGAGGGACCGCGGCCCGCGCCAUGAUGCCGGCACUGCGCAUGCUCGCUGAGGCCGGCGGCAGCGCCCCGCCAAUAGCCUGGCGUGGUUUAAAUUUGGCGCCUCGCUCGCUGAUUGCUCGGACCCCGCGGCCAACCCAUUCAGAGCAAGCGCGUUGGUCUCACACAAGCGACCAGUCAGCAAAAAGCUUCUUCCGGCGAACGCACCAAUAGCCAGGCGCGGUGGCGUUGUCCAAUGAGCGGGACCCUACUUGGCGGGAGGUUAUAAAAUCGCCGGGCGCGGCGCCUCGGCCGCAUCGGCUCAGCGGCGGAGUGAGCGCCAUGUCCGGCCGCGGCAAGAGCGGCGGCAAGGCCCGCGCUAAGGCCAAGUCUCGCUCGUCCCGGGCUGGGCUGCAGUUCCCGGUAGGGCGCGUUCACCGCCUGCUGCGGCGCGGGCACUACGCGGAGCGGGUGGGGGCCGGUGCGCCCGUGUACCUGGCGGCCGUGCUGGAGUACCUGACGGCGGAGAUCCUGGAGCUGGCGGGCAACGCGGCGCGCGACAACAAGAAGACGCGCAUCAUCCCCCGCCACCUGCAGCUGGCGGUGCGCAACGACGAGGAGCUCAACAAGCUGCUGGGCGGCGUCACCAUCGCGCAGGGCGGCGUGCUGCCCAACAUCCAGGCCGUGCUGCUGCCCAAGAAGACCGUCAAGAAGGGCAGCGGGCAACAGUCGCAGGAGUACUAGGCCGGCCGGCGCUCCCGACCCAACUCAAAGGCCCUUUUCAGGGCCACCCCAUUGCUCACCGGGAGAGCUGCGAUCCGCGGAGGGAAGGGGACGAGAGGCGUGGUCGGCCGUGGCUGCGGGGAGCUGGGAGGGGGGGCAGGAAAGCGGGGGCCAGUCGAACUCUGAGCGGGAGAGAGCUGCUCCCUAAGGAUCUUAACUCUUACCUAUCUCUGGUACAUUCAGCGGAGGUUGCCUAGAAAAUAAAACUGCUUUAUUUACAAAACGGGA